GGGGUGUGUGUGUGUCUCCAGACUCCUCUCCACGCCACGGCGAACGGCGGCUCACGCGGCCUCACCCCACUCGUCGUCUUCCCCUGUUCCCCCUCCUUCCCGCCGUCGUGGAGAGGAGGCCCCCGCGGCUGGCGCCCGCCGCUUCCCGACAGUUCGGCCCUCCAGCUUCCCCGGUUCGGAGGUAGCAGGGCCGGCUGCCGCGAUGUUCUCCAGGAUCUCCCGGCUAGGGGUGCGGCUCCUGCGCGAGGGUAGGGCCGAGACGAGAGCUGGAAACUUGCUCAGCAGUCGAGGCAGUUUGUAUCAAGAUCAUGUCAACCAGCAUUCGACUCCAGUUGUAACACCUACUUUACAAUCGUUGAGGAACGUCCUCUUUUCAACUGCAACAAGUGGUGAUCAGGAUGGAAGCGGUCAGGAGAAGGAGAAAAUCUCUGUAACAUUUGUCAACAAGGAUGGCUCAGAAAAGACGAUCAGUGUGCCCAUUGGAAUGUCCAUGUUAGAAGCUGCACAUGAAAAUGACAUAGAACUUGAAGGGGCAUGUGAAGGCUCACUUGCUUGUUCUACUUGUCAUGUAAUAGUUAUGGAUGUGAAUGAUUAUAACAAGUUAGAAGAACCAACAGAUGAAGAAAAUGAUAUGCUUGACCUUGCAUUUGGGCUCACAGAAACGUCGCGGCUUGGCUGCCAAGUGAUUGCGAAGCCUGAGCUUGAUGGCAUGCGGCUGGCAUUACCUGCAGCGACAAGGAACUUUGCGGUAGACGGCUAUGUACCGAAACCACACUGAAGAGACUGUCAUCUACGGGGACACGGAUUCUUACAGCAGAGUCAGUUUUGUCUUGGAGCUGCAAUCUGGUGCGUUAGAUGGAGCACCGGGUGGAGUCAUCUUCAAAGAAGCAAGACAUCUUCUGAGUUUGCACUUUGUUUUGUUUGGUGUUGCUUACACACCUCGUUCUCACACAAACUAGCUCGUUCAGGCUUAGACAGGGACCCGGAUCGACCAAGCAUCUGGUCUGAUCCCCUCCCAGAUUUUGUAACAUGUCUUGUGGGUCGCGACUUUGCUGUCCCGGCGGGUGAAUAAAGCAUGAGCCAAGCAUGAUUUUUUUUAAAAAAUUGUAGCCUACAGUCUGUAACUUAAAGAUAGCUUUGGACUUGCUUGUUGAGUGAGGAUUCGUUCGUUGAUGAGCUCCUCGGUUACUUGCAGAGACCAGUGUUGCUUCUGGUCGAAUAAACAUCUUCGUUCUGUA